AAGGGAAGAGGUCACAGAGAGCGAGAGAGAGCUCGUUUGCUUUGCUUGGAGGAGGAGAGAGUGUUAGAGUAUUCAUUCCUGUAUUCAGCUUGGCCUGUUGUUGCUCUGCGGCAAUUCGAACGUGGAAGCUACGUUGUCAUGUUACUGUUACAAUCCUUUGACUUCAAUUCUAUGCUCGCGGAACAAUCGUUGCGGUGCGAUUACUGUGCUCAGGAGGUGGCGAUCGGUUGUUGAUCGCUCCGGUCGCUUGGAGGAAUCGGAGUCAGGAGAUUGAAUUUUGUCGAAGAGGAGUGCACGAAUUCGCAUUUCGAUGAAGUGACAAACUGCAAAGAAAAAGGUUGAGAUAUACAGAGAGGCUAUGGAGCUGAUAUCUGCAAAGCUGAUCUCAGUUUCUUUGAAUGAGAUAUCUGGCAACAUCCCCAAUGGCAUUAGCAGAGCUCAGCAGUUUAUCAUUCUUGGGAUUGCAUAGGUACCUUUUGAAUUUCUAUUGAAGAUUCUUUUUAUUGAAAGUUGGCUACAUCUAUACCACACCGCACAAUGUCGGACAGUCAGGGUUUAUCCGUUGCCACAUCGAAGUGUGAACUGAAUAAGGGGUGGAGCAGUUCCCGAGACGAGGCAAGAAAGCAGUUGCAAUACGGUAAUUUAUCAUCCUGCACAGCAACUCGCUCGAACUGCACUAAUUUGGAAGCGUCAUCGAAGAAGAUGACUCUUAACUCACCCCAUUUAUAUUCUAAACCAUCCUCUAUUAUCCUCCGCAUCAAACAACAUCCCCUCUCACUUGAGGUUCAUCUCCCGGAAGAGAGCUCUCCUAGUUCUUCAACAACUGAUUCUUCGGAUUCAGACAACAGUCGUGGUGGAGGGAUGCUGUCAUUCAGCACGGUGGAUAAGAGGUCAGUUGACGAAGAUUCGGAUGCUGAGAGCACUUACAAUGCUGACGGGGAGGUGGCAUGCGUUGACGACUCUUUAACUGAGUUGAAGAAUGCUCAUGUGUCUGAAAAUCGUACCAUCUUAAUCCAUCACAUGGCUGAGGUUGCAUCGAACAUAAAAUUAGGGCCUACAGGACUAUACCUGGCCGUUCAACUUCUAGAUCUGUACUGGAACCAUCACCGUGAGAAGGGGAAGAUUUUAGAUUCUGUACAGCUGCAAGUGCUUGCUCUCACUUGCGUCCAUGUCGCCAACAACCGCUUCAAUUGCAACAAAAGGACCCCAGACGAAUUUUGUCACUUGGCGGGUGUAGCGGAAGGAACUGUGAAAGGAUGUAUGAUAGUGAAACAAGAGGCAUCGCUCGAGGCCUUGCUUGGAGGCCCGCAAGUUGCUGACACAAUUUCUACUUGGGGACUAUGGCGCAAGAUGGGACAUCCAGCUAAUCAGCAACAUUUAAUCCAGUUUGUAAGGUUGCUAAAGGGCUCCGACUUCGGAAGCAGGCACUUCCCACGUGACCUCAUGGAAGGGUUGCAUUUCCCUAGUAGUGCAUCAGCGCCGCCUGUUGAAGUUUGCACCACAAAUACAUCCAAGGUUGUGAAUGUACUCUUGUCAUCAGCUCAAGGGUGUGCUAGCAUUUCCAAUGGCAGAAAAAGGUCUUUGGAAAAGCCAAUUGUGUUUGUGCCAAUGAAACGUGGCGCAGCACAAGGUUGAAAAUAAUCUACAUCAAGUCCAUACAAUGGGGAUCUUUUGUUACCCCUUGUGACUAAACAAUAAACUGGUGAGAACAAUCCUCCAGGUGAUGAUUAUCACCGAAGACUGGAAUACCCAGAAUUGAUUUUGUACACUGUCAACAACAAUAACACUGGAAGGAGGAGCCCUUACUGGUAACCAACACUCGAGACAUGUUACUCGUAGAACAUUUAUUUUCACUCUAGAUUUCAAUUGUUCAUAGAUUCAAGUCAGGGAAAAGCAAAUAAGUGGCCGACACGUCGACCUUUUUUCAGGCGCACUUAUCUUUUUCUUUUUUCUUUUUUCCUUUCGUUUUUUUCUUUCCUAAAAUUCCUUGAUUUGUUCCUAGUUCUCAAUUAGGUUGUAGUCCGCUAGUGAAUCACAUCAAGGUCACAUGAAUAGGAGAUGACUGCAGAUUGCGAUGGCAAUAUUUGCUGCAGAUACCUAUGAGAGCAGGUGUUGACAUCUGUGUAUACAUUCUUUUCUUUCUGCUGCUCUUUCUUAAGAGGUUUAGUACAUUGUUGCAAAGUUGUUCGCAUUCUUGAAAUGCUUAAUAACUAUGCCUUGGUGGUAGGCCUAUGGUCAUACUAUAGGACAAAGUAUAGUGGUAACUCUUUCCACUGUGUGUAUAAGCUCAAUAAAACAAUUCUUUUACUUGAAGUGUGAA